AUGUCUGCACUGCUCGGGGCUGCAGCUAGGCUCGGGGCGCGAAGGAGGGGCGGGGCUUGCCGGACGGAGGCCAGGGGUCAGGUGGACCGGUCUGCAGUCGAUGGAGUUGCCAGCGACGUGGUUGCAGCGCUGCCUAGAAACCUGCAGUUGCAGGUGAGGUCGGGGACUAUGUUUCAGGCAAUGAAUUUAGGGUCAGUUUCAUGUUCUGCUGAGACCACUGAAGUGUACAUUCCUCAAGUAGCGGAUGAGUUGAAGCCUACAAAAAACUGUGAAUUUAGAACACUAGAUGAACUUUUUGAAUUUUACAACAAGUAUGCUUUUGAAGCUGGGUUUAGUGUUCGGAGAAGUUCUACUGCCAAGAGUAAAGAUGGUUUUGAAACUAUAAGACAAGAACUUUGUUGUCGCAAAGAAGGGCAUUCACAGAAACAUACAGCUCUACCAAAAAAGCGGAAAGGGAUCAUAAGAACGGGUUGUCUAGCAAAGGUUGCAGCUGUGAAGAGAUGUGGCAUAUAUGUAAUCACUCAAUUUAUGGAAGCUCAUAACCAUCCUUUGACAACUCCAGAUAGAGUUCAUUUGUUACCAUCUCAUCAUCAAGUUUCAAAUGCUACCAAAUGCUUAACCAUGGAACUUGGACUAGUAAAUAUUCCAACCCACCAACAAAUCAGUUUGCUUGAAGUUCAAUCGGGAGGAAUUGGGAAUAUGGGUUGCACAGAGAAAGAUAUAUACAAUUAUGAAAGAGAUAAGCGAGAAGAGUUGAAAGGACAUGAUGGAGAUAUGUUGAGGGCUUAUAGUUUCUUUGGGGAUGUAGUUAUCUUUGAUACAACAUACAACACUAACAAAUAUCGGCUGAUAUUUGCACCACUAUUAGGGGUUAACCACCAUGGCCAGACCAUUAUGUUUGGUUGUGCAUUCUUAGGUGAUGAAUCCACAGAGUCGUUUGUUUGGCUACUCAAUACUUUCUUAGAAGCAAUGCCAGGAGGAAGUCCCCCAAAAAUGAUAAUUACUGAUCAAGAUCCUGCUAUGAAGAUUGCCAUUUCCCAAGUUCUUCCUAACACAUUCCAUAGGUAUUGCAGUUGGCACAUAUUAAAUAAGUUUUCAGAAAAGAUAGGUGCAGUGAAAUGUAAUGAAUAUUAUGAUGACUUUAGAAGUUGUGUGUGGAACUCUGAGAUGACAGAAGAAUUUGAUAAGAAGUGGAAGGAAGUUGUUGAGAAGAGUGGUUUAAGUGACAAUGGAUGGCUUCAAUCAAUUUAUGACAUUCGAGCAUCAUGGGCCCGCAUACUGUAA